CGAGGAAGAGGAAGGGACAGAGGCGAGACACGCGUCUCGUAAUGCACAAUGGUGCAUUAGCCAGGAGUAGACGGUCAGACGGUCUUUCCCGCGGACCGGCUGAAACCGAUUCGAUAUCGGCCCCUCUUCGAACCUGGAAGAAAAGCAGACCGGCAAUCAGCAUCGCCUGCAUCGUAUUCCGCGACGAGCCCGAAGAAACGCAAGAACGAGGAUCAACGAAUCGGCGUACCUUAGAACCAGCCGAUCUCUGACCGUCUCCGACUCCCAGAGGUCUUCUUCUCUGUCGGCAACGAUCCGCAUGAGUCCACCUUUGAUGAGCCUCGAACAGAACCCUCGAAAACACUCACGAAACCUCGCAUCGUCGAAGGGACUUCCCAAGCUUCUGAUGCCCGAGUGACGACCGAUCGGCCGCAGGAUAAGAAUCAUCCCCCGAGACUCGAAGACAAGGCUUACCGUUCGAUUAGAAGCAUGGCCGACCCCGUCCCGAGCAACCAGGUAGCCACCGGUGCCGAGAAGAAGCGCGAGGACUCGAUCACCGAGCAGGCAGUGGUGUGGAAGUCGAUGACGAUGAGGCAGAAAUGGUCCUACUUCACCAACAGCAUCACCGUCGAGCCGGUGAUCGCUUGCUACGUGAUCCCGUGCAUGCUGGCGUCCCUGGCCACCCAGAACCUCAGCUUGGAGAAGGCUUGCAGGGUGAACUUAGCUUACUCCGACGAAGUCUGCACCGCGCUGGCGAACAGGAACACCACCGGAUACGAGGCGGAAGAGACCGCCGUCCAGCAGCUGGUCGCCGGGAUGCAGACCUGGAAAAUGGCGCUUACCAGCGGUUUGCCCACCAUCCUGAUCCUGUUCAUGGGAGCGUGGAGCGACCGCACGGGCCUCAGGAAGCCCUGCAUGCUGCUGCCGAUCGUCGGCGAGUUCCUCAGCAGCGUCAGCAUGCUGCUCUGCACUUACUUCUUCUACGAGGUGCCGAUGGAGGCUACCGGUGUGUUCGAGGCUCUCUGGCCGGCGCUGACCGGCGGAUGGUUCACCAUGUUCAUGGGUGUUUUCAGUUACAUCGCGGACAUCACGACCGUCGAGUCCAGGACACUUAGAAUCGGCGCCGCGAACGUAUUCGUGUCGCUGGGCAUACCGAUCGGCAUGGCGCUCUCCGGGAUACUGUACAUGAAACUCGGUUUCUAUGGUGUGUUCAGCAUAUCCACCGUGUGUUACAUGUUGAGCUUUAUUUACGGGAUGGUGGUGAUCAAGGAGCCGGUCAAGACGCACCUGAAACAAGAGAAGAAGGAUCAGAAGGGGAUGUCCGUGUGGAAGUCGGUCACGCACUUCUUCGCGUUCAGGCACAUCGAGGAGACGUUCAAAGUCGCGUUCAAGAAGGGCGCGAACAACCGGCAGAAAAGGGUGCUGGUGCUGAUGGUGGUGGUCAUGGUGGUCAUCGGGCCAGUUUACGGUGAAAUGGCGGUGAUGUACCUUUACAUGAGGUACAGGUAUCACUGGAACGAGGUGAAGUUCAGCAUGUUCACCACGUUCGCCAUGGUGACGAAUUUAAUCGGAACAUCGAUAUCCGUCGGCGUGUUCAGCCACAUCCUGAAGAUCGACGACGCGAUCGUCGGGAUCAUGAGCUCCAUGAGCAAAAUCCUCGCGGGCUUCGUCUACGCGUUCGCCACCACCGACUGGAUGAUUUAUUUAGCUGCGAUCGUGGAGAUCGUGAACGGAACAUCUUUCAUCGCGAUGCGAUCGAUCGUUUCGAAGCUGGUGUCCGCGGACGAACUCGGCAAAGUGAACUCCUUGUUCGGCGUCUGCGAAUCGCUGAUGCCGCUCGUCUACGGGCCAAUGUACAGUUCCAUUUACAGUGCAACCAUGAAAACGUUUCCGGGGACGUUCUUCAUCGUCGGCGCCUGCAUGACGAUGCCUGCUGUCUUCGCUUUCUUCUGGUUGUACACGGAGCACCGGAGGGAUCGCCAGCAACUGGAGCAAGAGAAGAAAGCGGACGGCAAGGUGGACGCACAACAAGAUGAAACCGAGGCGAAGCAAACAAAAUGGCCGAUCGCCAGCGAGAAGAAGUCGGACGGUCCCACGAUGAACGGCGUGAUCAACGCCGCAUUCGAGACCGAUCGUUAAUCGCGUGACCGACAUCGGAAUAUAUUAAAAUCGGAAUCGAUCGGUGAGGAGCAGGAAAACGAGGAAACGAAGAGGAGAUAGAAUAAACGAGAAAGAGGAGGGAAGAGGGAGGGAGAAAGAAGGAAAAGUUCAGGUCAAUGAGACACGCAACAGUAAAGAAAUCCUGUCGAGGCAACUUACGGCAAACCGCAUCGGACACUAUUAUGCUCGUCAAGAUUACGCGAAACAGGUUUAACGUACUAUAUUUCCCCGGUUUUCGAGUUGUGUGCUGACGAAUCCUCUUUUUGUUUUGUCUGUUUGUCCUCCGUUUUUCCUAACGGAAGCAUAGCAACCACUAGAUGACGACAAUGCGACGCGAUCGCGAUGCUUCGUUCAGAAUAGAGAAGGAACGAUCGGGAAAAGGUCUCCUUUUAUCUGAUGCGGUGUUCGUUAACCGUUUGUCCUACCGGUUUCUUGCUCGUUCGUUACGAUUGUUUGAUCACUGAUAGUUUACCGAUAGGAAGAAGUAUUUUUAACAAAUUUAACAUCUGUUUCUUGUUUUUUUAACAAGAAUUCAGCAGAUUUUCAGGAAUUGAUUCUAAUCGAAGCUUGAUAAAAUGAAAUUUUUGUGAUUAUAGAACAGGUGAGACACGGGGUUAACGAGGAGCCGCAUUAACGUUCUUAAUAAACGAAGUCGCGCGAUUAUUCCGAAAACUCAAAUAAAGGAUAACUGCAGCUCAAGGAUAACAAAGAUUCGAAGCACUGAAAAACAGAACGAAGGCGAUCGAUCGCCGUGAAAUAAGCUACAGUUUUUUUUCUUUUUGUAAACGAAAAAGAGAAGAGAACGCGACAACCCGAUGAAGCUAUCCUUUAUUUCCAGUUCUAGUACAAGCAGUCUCCGGUACUUAAGUGAAUUGUGACAAUAGAUAAAACGUGACAGACGUACAAUCUGUUCGAGCGUAUCAGUAUUACAAACGCAUACAUCUCCCCGCUUAGCUGCUAAUCAAGCCGAAUUCACGGAUAAACGAGUUUCAUUUUGCGCUCGGUGUCCUUAACACUUUGGCCGCCAUCUUUGCCAUCGAGACAAAAGGGUAUACAUAUAUUCACGGCUAAUAAGUAGCGAACGAAAUAAAUGAAUUUUGACCGGGUGAUCCAAGGAGUUGAAAUUGUAGCUAAUCCGACUCUAGCAAGUAUUCCAAUUUUAUGGAAUUAUUUGUAACGAACCAGCUCGGCGGUCAACGUGCUAAAGGGGCGCGCACUCGUGAAUAAAGAGAUGGAGGGAUUUUGUACAGUUACGAGAGGCGUGUGCAUCACGAGGAAGUCUCGCACGCGAACCAAAUCGAUCCGUUGUACAUUUUUAUUGAAUAGUAUUUAUAUGAAUGAGCCGCAUCAUUUCCGUACGUGUAUUACAGCUUCUUGUGAUAUAGUACAAUAGUUUUGUAUUUAGGAGGUAAACAUAGUGUUACGGAAAUAAAAAGUUUUCAUUGACCAUUAACACCACAUUGAUCAUUACUGCUGAACACACUCC